CCCGAACAAAGCGCCCCUCUCCACUCCCAACUUCCCCUCUUUCCUUUCUCUCUUGCCAUCUAAUAAUUAACAAGAUGUUCUCUUCGACAAGAUCAGCAGCUGCGCUGGCGCUGCGAGUCAAGCCAGUGUCCGCCUUGAUUCCCUACCGAUCAAUUGCAGCAAUUUCCUCGUCUUCUUCAAAACCAGCGAGCGCGGUCACACCACACAAUGCGUCAGGGAACCCAUCGAUGAGUGUUACUGGCAAGGUCAGACGUGAAGUGGUGCUGCCGUCACAGGAGGAGAAGAAGGGUGUUAUGCAAUACGCAUUGACAACUCUCGAUCAAAUAGCCAACUGGGCGCGUCAAGGCUCACUCUGGCCCAUGACCUUCGGACUUGCCUGCUGCGCCGUCGAAAUGAUGCACCUUUCCACUCCUCGCUACGACCAAGAUCGUCUUGGUAUAAUCUUCCGUGCUUCUCCUCGACAGUCCGAUGUCAUGAUUGUUGCGGGCACUCUUACGAACAAGAUGGCUCCUGCGCUUCGACAGGUCUACGAUCAGAUGCCGGAUCCGAGAUGGGUUGUUUCUAUGGGGAGCUGUGCGAAUGGAGGUGGUUAUUACCAUUAUAGUUACAGUGUUACGAGAGGUUGUGAUCGGAUUGUGCCGGUCGAUAUUUAUGUGCCUGGGUGCCCCCCAACUUCGGAGGCGUUGAUGUAUGGCAUUUUCCAGCUUCAAAAGAAAAUGAGACACACCAAGAUCACCCGGAUGUGGUACCGAAAGUAGAGAGGCAGAUAUUCGGAAGCAUGAGAGAUUUGGAGCAUUUCUUUAUUGUAUAAAGUCUCGGACCGCACAUAGGAUGCAAUAGAGUUUGUUUGUGUUGAAGAAUCAAGAAGAAAGAAUAUAUUGCAGAGCUGUGUCGGAAUUUCCUGGUGCACUGUGCCAGGCUAUACAAAAGCACUCGAGACCAAACGAGGAGUACUUCUUUCGAAAAAAAAUUUUUUUUUGCUAACAUUAGGUAGCUUGUGAUUUAGAUGAACGUGUUUUAAAUCUAUUCGUUGUG